AUGGACUUGGGCAUAAGGCAGCCACCCGGCCCGGCUGCCUCUGUCCCCUCUGCUGUGUUAGUCAGCCCCGCAUCGAGCACUGGCUCUGGAGGCACUAGACCCGCCAGCGCAGCAGCCACCAUAACGUCCACUUCGUCUACAGCCAAGCCGACGACAACUAGCAUCCCGAGCGCGGCAUCUUCAGUCACCGGAGUCAAUCAGGCGGCCUCGUUUCAUGGAGGAGUUGAUAGAAAGUCAUUUGACACCUCAGCAGCCCAACCGCCGCCGAAGCCAAAGCGCUAUUCUCAAGGCUAUUUGAUCGCCCCUACCGAGUCGACGUUGGCCAGUGACAUUGCAGAAGGUGGUCAACAGCAACAACAACCUCUUUCAGACGAUAUGAGCCAGUUUCCAGACAAGGCGAGUUAA